UUUUUUUUGUCUCCUCGUUUUCACAGCGGCAAAGAAGAAAGAAGAAGUUUGGACGCGUCCUGCAGGAGCUCGCGCAGCGUGAACAACGUCCUCGUCACCGGGUCGCCACAAACUGGGAGCGAAGGUCGCGAGAGAGGGGGACACAUUGCGCGUUUGCUGUACCGAUGCGGGGACGUUGUUAGGCGCUUAGUACAUUUCCCCUGCGUGCCCCCCCCCACCCCCCCUCUCCCACCCCCCUCCCUCCUCUCCGACUGACCCAAUGCUUCUGCAUCAGUUCAUGAACGGAGCCCUGGAAGUCAUGCAUCCGUCACCGCUCCAGAAGGACACCACUUUUACCAAGAUCUUCGUCGGCGGGCUGCCGUACCACACGACCGACGCCUCCCUGAGGAAAUACUUCGAGGCCUUUGGGGACAUUGACGAGGCGGUGGUGAUAACGGACCGGCAGACCGGUAAAUCCAGAGGAUACGGCUUUGUGACGAUGACAGACCGAGGAGCCGCCGAGAGGGCCUGCAAGGACCCCAACCCCAUCAUCGACGGCAGGAAGGCCAACGUGAACCUGGCCUACCUGGGUGCCAAACCCCGCAGCAUACAGACGGGCAUAUCCAUCGGAGUGCAGCCCAUCCACCCGGCACUCAUCCAGAGGCAGUAUGGGUUGGCCCAGCCAUACGUCUACCCACAAGCCUACGUGCAGCCCAGCAUGGUGCUGCCCUCCCAGGUUUCCGCCUCCCUGGGCAGCAGCCCCUACAUGGACUACAGCGCGGCCUACACCCAGUACGCCCAGGCCGCCUUUGAGCAGCAGUACCCGUAUGCGGCCUCCCCGGCCGGCUUCCUCGGCUACAGCUACGCCACCAGCCCCCCGGCCACCACCGGCCCGUCCGCCGCGGCAACAACCGCCGCCACCGUCCACGCCACCCUCCCGUCUGCCGGAGGCCCGGCCCAGGCCUUCCUACACUACGCCCCGCAGCAGCACAUCCAGCCGGACCGUAUGCAGUGAGCCUGUGAAGGAAGCAGGAGGAGGAGGAGGAGGAGGAGGAGGAGGAGGAUGAUGAGGAUGAGGAGGAGGAGAGGAGGAGUGGACGCAGACCUUUUGGACACAGGACGGCCAAAUGCCCGAAAGGGUGACCCAGCUAUCGUCAGCAGAGGCUUUCAGGGAAAAGGGGUCUAUUGCACUAUAGGAUCAGAAUGAGCCGUUUGCUCAUUGGUUAAAGGGUUGGGAGGGGUUGGACUGUCUAGGUUCAGGUUGGGAAGAUGAACGGUCGCUUCCAAGGGCUUCCAGAAGCCCACACUUCAUUUUUCUUCUUCUUCUUCUUCUUCUUCUUAUUUUUAUUGUCCUUUAUUAUUGUAUUAAUGUCAUUGUCAAUAUUUGUUUGUCUGCCUUUUUUUUAUUAUUAUUAUUAUUAUCGAUGUUUCUGGCUCGAUCCGAUGCGUGUCCACGGUACAUAUUGAUGAGUGGCGAGCCAUCUGGGACACGCCUCCUUUCCUCCCCGUCUCCAGAGUACCUGGAGGCGGACAUGAAGGGCACUGCUGCUUUAGGACACUCGGGAACAGUCGCGAUAUUGGGUGGAGGUCAAAGACGAGGGUGGCGGUGGUGAUUUGGUACAGAGAGCCUCUCAGCCACUCAUCUGUGACCCCCCCCCCC